AUGCAUAGACUACAAGAGGAAAGGAAUCUUACGUUGGAACAGCAGAUUGCUGAUGGCAGCCAAUCAUGUCAGUAUUCAAUAGUAAACAUACAUCGGAAACCAGUUACAAGAUCUAGGAUUGUAAACAUUAAGAAAGAGUACAUUGAAGUAGAGGCCGCUCUGGAAGACGUGGAACAACCGGGUGAAAAAGUGGAUCCUUCAAGAUCGACUAAAUCCCCAAAAUCAAAGAAGAUGGCUGAAGUUAAGAGAGAAAUUCUAGAAAAAGAUGUGAAGGAGUUAACAGGAUCCAGACAAUCAGCUCGAAGCAACACGAAGACCAAAAAUAAAGCGAAGAAACAGAAAAAUGUCCGUAUUAAUGUUCGAGAAGAACAAACUUCUUUGCAUAAUAACUUGAGAACGCUGGACGAAGCUCUAGAGCUGGCAACCACAGUGUCUUCGAAUGAGAUAGAUGUUGUCAUCCUUCCUCCGGAUGGUGUUGAGAGUGAUACGGAAAUGAUCGAUGACAAUGAUGGUGACAAUCUCCCCUUGUCUGCGGUAAAAGAUACUGCUGGAACCUAUGAGCUACAUUUUGUAGGAGAAGAGUCAGAUAAUGAAUUGGACACAGAACAAUUGACGAACCCUGCCCCUAUUACACGAAGUUACUAUCACAAGUUACCUCAAGCACACCUCUAUUGGGAUUCAAAUGUUGAUACUAAUGUGAGUGUGGUUACUGAUGCCAUAUCAAGGAACCGAUAUAAUUUGCUGAAGAAGUACAUUCAUUGCGUGGACAAUCGAGAUGUGGACACCACAGAUAAGUAUUGGAAGGUAAGACCUCUCUACGAUAUCAUGAAUCAAAGUCUGGCUAAGUUCAAGAACCUUGAUAAUACGUUUAGUAUUGACGAGCAGAUGGUCCCUUACACCGGGAUGCAUAGCGCUAAACAACGAAUGAAGGAUAAGAGUAUCCGAUUUGGCUAUAAAAACUUUUGGCUGGUUGGCUCAUCGGGAUUCCCGUACCACUGCCUCCCUUACUGUGGUAAGAAAGGAAUUGGCGGAGAUCCCGGAAAGAACCUCACCAGUCGGGUUACCUUACAACUGGCCAUGGAGAUUCUUGAACCCAAAGAAAGUAACGUCUUUUAUGACAAUUGGUUUGCCAGCUAUAAGCUGUUGGCCAUAUUCUCUGCCAUGGAGCUUGGAGCAUCUUGUACCACCAAGACUGAUUCUGCACUUAAGAAAGAAGGGCGUGGGAGCUUUUCAAAGGGAAUUGACGAGUUUACAGGGGUGACCAUUGUAAAAUGGCAUGACAAUAGCGUCGUGAAUGUUGGUUCCAACAUCUUUACUGUUAAUCCUAUCACAGAUGUGGAACGGUACAGUCAAGCAGAAAAGAAGAAGAUUCAAAUCAAACGGCCAUCUCUUGUCAAGGAGUAUAACAAGGGAAUGGGUAACGUUGAUGUGUUUGAUGGCCAUGUUGCUAGCUACAGAAUCUCUCUAAGGGGAAAAAAGUGGUGGUGGCCACACCUAAUAAAUACGCUUGAUUGCCUGAAAGCUGCAUCAUAUUCUUUGUAUGAGAUAUGUCAUUCGAAUGAAAAGACGAAACUGACAUAUCUGAACUUCAUUCGACGAAUAACAAUAGCCUACCUGAAAAAGAGAUUGCAGCCCCCAUCAUCGCUAUGCCAAAGAGUUGCAGUGUGGAAGGGUGACAACAGAGUUACCCCAGAGGUCCGCCUGGAGAGUAGAACUAACACUCACUGGCCAGUAAAAACAAAGCAGAGACGAUGUGCUUUGAAUGGCUGCAAAGGUCGCAGCAACUAUAAGUGCGAAGUGUGUGACGUUGCACUUUGUGUGCUUUGUUUUAAGCCUUAUCAUCAGUUAGAGUAA